CCCUCGGCGUUCACAUCAGACGCAAUUCCGACACGGCGGCAGUCGUACGUUCCGCGAUCACACGCACACACCGCGACAUUUUACCUUUUACACACUGAACACACCACCUUAACCACCACCAUCACUACCACCUCCACCACCUCAGUCACCACACGUACCCAAACCCUUACAGACACACCACACACCGUUCCAAGUCCCUUUUUGUUUUUUUACGAUUGUUAUCAUUUUCGCGUAUUUUACACCGAUUAAUAAAAAAAUAAUUUAAACAUCGAUCGAUUGUCAAUCUUAGACUCAAUCUCCAUUUUUCUCUUUGACCGUCGCGUGUGUGUACACCCACCCCACAAAGAAUAUAAUUUAACACAAAUCGAAAUACCGCCGAAACGACUGUGUACGAUCGACCGUCUCCACCGACCCUGCAGUAGUGACCUGCCGUCGCCACUGAGUCUACUAACUAUCGUCUUCUUCUUAGUCGUCGUCUGGAACCGAAAGCACGAUACCACCGAUCAGCUGCUACAGGAAACCGUGCCGGUCCACGGUAGUGACCACAUGUUGGCGCUGGUAGUGGUCGUCAAGCAGCAUUACACCCACCCGGUUGAAUCGUGGAGGCCGUCGCCGUUGGAGGGUUGAAGAGGGCCCGAGGUGGUGCGUACAACGGACCGGAGGCCGCCGCCGCCACCCUCAAGAAGCUCAGACUGGACGCCGCCACAGCCGCCGCAGCCGCAGCCGCAGCCGCAGCGAUGAACAUGUCGCCAACAGGUCACACGCCACCGCUGCAAGUCCAACAACAGCAGGGACCUGGCAGCGUGUCGGUUGACGGCCAGCAGUCCGUCGUUUCUGGCAUGUGCAACAGCAUCGAUUCCGUCGGGCCCGGCGAGGAAGAGAAAUGAACAAAAAGUUUGCGCUUCGAACACGUUUUUUAGUGAGAACAUUAUUUGUCAGUGGUCUACCAAUGGACGCCAAGCCACGUGAACUGUACUUGCUGUUUCGAGCAUAUGAGGGUUAUGAAGGAUCUCUGUUAAAAGUCACAAGCAAAAAUGGCAAAACAGCUUCGCCAGUGGGUUUUGUUACGUUCCAGACACGCGCUGGCGCCGAGGCCGCCAAACAAGACCUUCAGCAGGGCGUCCGGUUCGAUCCCGACAUGCCGCAAACCAUACGGCUAGAAUUCGCUAAAAGCAACACGAAGGUUAGCAAGCCAAAACAGCCCGCCAACGCAAACGUCACGCCCAACACGCACCAAGGCCUGAUGCACCCGCUCACCGGACAUCUAGGCGCCCCAUUCUUCACCGGUGCUCCGGCAGAGUUAUGGCAUCAUCCGUUGGCGUAUGCUGAUAUGCCGACCGCAGCCACGGCCACGGCUUUACAACACGCAGCUCUUGUCCAUCCGGGACUACAUCCACAUCCUCAACAGCCGACGUUGACGCUGGGCCCACACGGCCUUCCGUUCCUGCCCUCCCCCGCACUGCCCUCGCCGCCCAACCAGCAGCAGCCCCAGCCGCCCUGUUCCACGCUGUUCGUCGCCAACCUCGGGCAGUUCGUGUCCGACCACGAGCUUAAAGACAUUUUCGCCAGGGAGUAUGCUGGCCAAAAGAAAUUGGACAACGUCAAUUUCACGUAUACUCACAUGCAGUUGAACAACACCUGACAACUACAAGAUAGACCACGAGUACCUGCCCAAGUCUAGAUAACGCGCGACACGACAAAAACAACCUACCAAAGCCCUAUAAUUGAAAAAAAAUUAAUUUAAGUCAAUUUAAAUUUGAAAAAAAUUAUUAUUGAAUAAUUAUUACUAGCUUAAAGCUUCUUAAGCUGUUGUACAAAGCAGUAACAACUUCCUUGUUCGCCUGUAGUGUGUAUAAAACAUAUUCAUCAUAUUUAUAUUAUAUAAUAUAUUAUAGUGUACCUACCUAAUUCCUAACUUUAUUCCCUAAGCUUUUAAACUAAUACCUAAAUAAUCGUCCUAUGCUUGUUUAGUGGGUAGUGUAAGAUCUUAAGACUCAUCAAAUCUGUGAUUGUUUCUCAUGUAUUUUUUUUUUUUAAUCCUAAAAAAAUUGCCUAUUCUCGUAUAGGCGUGGUUCAGAUGUUAGCAAUAAUAAUUACUAAUGACAUACAAAAAUAAAUAAAAAUGUAAGCGCGCUCAUAUACAUUCACUAAAUACAUAUCAAUAAUGCUUUGAAAGGGAAUUAACGUUAAACAUUGUAAAUAAUUUUAUAAAAGACUAAGUCUGUUGGGAUGGUCAGACGUUAACGGACUGCGUGAGGUCGAUCAAAGCGGAUCGCGCGGUCCGUAUAGCCUCGGCUGGCCCGCGGCGGCGUCCAAACCGAAAACGGUUUAGUCAAAAAAAAAAAAAAA